AACACGUAGUAGUCAAAAGUAAGAUUUUGUGUGAGUAAUUUUCAGGCUGCCGCAAUAUAUAUUUUGGAGUUAGAAAUGGAGGAGGCCCUGUCGGCUCCCAUUGCGGUUCCGCCAAAGAAGCCAUGUGGCGAGAUCCAGCCGCCACCCAUUUACCAGAAGCUGAUGGUGGACAACCUGACCAUCGUUCGACCGCCCAUUCUGAAGAUCUACUACUGGGAGAGCUUCGACAUACCGGGUCUGAACAGGAAGCUGCGUUCGAAUCGCCCAGAGCACGAGCACACCAUUUCGAUUCCGAUCCGCCAGAUCCACAGCCAGCCGCUGAAAAUCGUCUUCUGGCUGCGUAAUCUGUCUUCCAAGAACGCCACUCUCACACUGAAGCGCAUUCAGAACUGCCAUUGCCAGCCGCUACAGACCCAAGUCGGGUUCAACCAGUUUCGCCAGCUAUUCCACUGUCCGCACCGCAGGCUGCUCCACAUCAACCAGGAGUUCUUGGCCAUCAAACCAGAUGAGGUGGUGGCCCUCACAGUCACGGCCUUCUUCUUCCUCUACGGAGAACACAUACUCACCUACGAAGUAAAUACCGAGGACAAACGCAAGUUCCUUUGGCACUUCCACUUGGAGAUCAGCUCCUUCGAUCCCGAAAAGUGCCUGCUUAACAAAGAGCUGCUGCCGGUAAAUAUCAGGAACUAUUACCAUGUCACUCAGCCGUUGUGGGUGCAGAAUAUCACGAUGUCGCAUCUUACUUUCUCGUUCUCCUCGAGGGAUCGCGGCCUCAAGCUGCUCAACAUGAAUCUCACCGUGCCGCGGCAGAGUGUGUGGCCCCUUCUGGUUGAUUAUCGACCCCUGGACUACGAAAACGAGGCGGAGGUGGUCCUGUCCUACGAAAACGCUAAGGCUCGCUACAGGAUCAAGGCUCGAGGUGUGCUGACAGACGAACAGGAGCAGACGGACAUGCCCUUGAAGGACUGCGAAUGCGCCGACUUCCUGCACGUCAUCUAUCCGAACAGAUUGAGCUUUGAGAUUUGUCUGCGGGAAGACCGGACACAACUCGUCAAUGUCCACAACUACGGGCAGAAGUGCAUGGAGUUUCGCUGGCAGAGCUACAUAAUCAACGAUUUCUUUUCGGUGCUCUUCAACCCACCCAUUUUUCGGCUGAAGCCCCACCACUCGAAGCUGUGCGAGAUCAGGGUGUCGGUGCUGGAUCGCCUGGUGCACUUCCGGCGCAUUCCCAUCGUGAUGGAGGUGCACCGCAUCCUCGACCGCGCCACCGUCAUCGCCAAGCAGGAACUGGAGGAGGUGGAGUCCAUCGAUGAUCCCAAGUGGAAGGAGGACAGCUACGUGGAGCAUGUCUAUCUGCACCUGAACAUCCGCACGAACGUAAAGCCCGCCCUGGACACUUCCGAGGAGUCGGAGCCCGGCGACAAGAUUGACCCCACGGCCGGUCCUGACCCAUGUGCGCAGUUUGGUCCUGGAACUGGUGGAGGAAUGGGAUCGGGAGACGGGCCUUCACAGCGCACGCCGCCAACCGAAGAGCAGCGCAAGGAGGCCGAACGCAAGGAGCUGAUCAGUCGGCUAGUCGCCAAGAACAAGCUCAACUACAACGAAGUCAUUGAACUCAGCAUGGCCAUCGACCAGCGGAUCACUAUCUUCGAGAAGCUCUUCUGGAAGUACCUCAGCAAGUCCAAGUUCAUGCGCAUCACUGGGGAUCGCAAGCGGCAGAGGGUGAACAAAACCUACGAGCAAGUGGUGUCCCCGGAUGAGCAGUUGCCCCCGGAAGAGACUACGGAAAUAGAUCGCAACCGCAUUAUAGAGAUAUUAACCCGACUGAUGCAGGAGGCCAUCAACGACUUGGCGAAGAACUGGGUCUUCAUCCCGUCGCAGUACUACGAGCGCAACCAUUAAGUGUUUCCUCCGUUAACUAAAAGCAUUGCAAUUGCACCACCAA